GAAGGCAGGAGGAGCAGGGAAGAUGGCGGCGCCUAUGAGAAACGUGGAUGAGAUCCGUGAUCGAGUGAUUUUGGGUGAAUUUGGAGUUAGAAAUGUCCAUUCCACAGAUUUCCCAGGAAAUUAUCCUGGUUAUGAUGACACAUGGGAUCUAAGGAAAUUCAAAAAGAAUUUUAGGCUCGACGUGUUUCACAUGGAUGAAAACACGCUGGAGUUUGAUAUGGUGGGAAUAGAUGCUGCCGUUGCUAAUGCUUUUCGUCGGAUAUUACUCGCCGAGGUUCCAACUAUGGCAAUUGAGAAGGUUUUCAUUUAUAAUAAUACAUCAAUCAUUCAGGAUGAGAUCCUAGCCCACAGACUUGGUUUGAUACCCAUCAAAGCUGAUCCUCGUCUGUUUGAGUACAGAAAUGCUGGUGAUGAAGAAGGCACAGAAAUCGAUACGAUUCAGCUUCAACUAAAGAUCAAAUGUACAAGGAAUCCCAGGGCCUCGAAAGACUCGUCAGAUCCCAAGGAACUAUACAAGAAUCACAUGGUAUAUUCAAAGGACAUAACAUGGGUGCCCAUUGGAAACCAGGCUGAUGUGUUUGCUGAUGCUAAGAUUGGCCCCGUGCAUGGGGACAUCCUCUUGGCGCAGCUCCGGCCGGGACAAGAGCUUGACAUAGUUAUGCACUGCGUCAAAGGAAUAGGCAAGGACCAUGCCAAGUUUUCCCCAGUGGCCACAGCUAGCUACAGACUACUCCCUGAAAUCACGUUACUGCAGACUAUUGAAGGAGAAAAGGCUGAGAGAUUGAAGCGUUGCUUCUCACCUGGAGUCAUUGAAUUAGAGAAUAUUGAUGGAAGACGGGUGGCCAAAGUGGUCAACAGUCGCCUAGACACGUGCAGCAGAGAAGUGCUCAGGCAUGAUGACCUAAAGAGUUUGGUAAAACUAGGAAGAGUACGGGAUCACUUUAUAUUCUCAGUGGAGUCCACUGGAAUCCUACCACCAGAUGUCCUUGUCAGUGAGGCAAUUAAUGUACUUAUUGCCAAGUGCCAGAAGUUCCUUAAUGAGAUUGAUUCUACAGAAAUGGAAUAGAGGAAAGAAAGUUGCAGCAUGUUUACUGCAGCCACCAUUAACAGGAUCUUAAGCGCUUGAAACUGUUAAGUGCAACUGGGUAACUGAAGUGGUGCAUGGCUGGGAAUUGUUCAUUUUCCUAUUUAUAACCUGACUAUGAAGAACAAAUGUUGGCAGACAGUAGUAUCAGUCUGCUGAAUCUCAAGCUUCUAAUUUUCCUGAAAUUUGCAGUGUUGUGGCACAUUGUACAAUCCCCCCUUUUUUGUAUUAAAUUUCUGUUAUUGACAAAAUAUCA